AAAUGAUAGCUAUGGGUAGGCUCCUGAAAUUAUCGCCGUUUUGCCCUGGAACAAACUAUUUCUUAGCAACACUUUUAUUAACUGUACUCACUAACCAUUUUAGUUUUGCUCAACAAAGUCGAAGCGCUUGUUACGAUUCGCAAGGACGACCACAGCGUUGCAUCGCCGAGUUUGUAAACGCCGCGUACGAAGUGAAGAUAGAAUCAACUAACACAUGCGGCUAUGAUAGGACUUUAUUCUGCCUCCAGACCGGCGUUACCGGUGCCACUAAGUCAUGCGAUGAAUGCGUAGCCUCCGAUCCAAAUCUACGACACCCGCCUCGUUAUAUGACUGAUUACAACAGUGACCAGAACACAACAUGGUGGCAGAGCGAAACUAUGUACGAGAAUAUUCAGUAUCCACAUUCAGUCAAUUUAACGCUGCCGCUGGGCAAGUCGUUUGAAGUGACCUAUGUGAGGCUGAAGUUUCACACCAGUCGUCCAGAAAGCUUUGCCAUUUACAAAAAGACUGUCAUCGAUGGUGAAUGGAUACCGUGGCAGUACUACAGUGGUAGCUGUCAGUCUGUGUACAACCAAGAAAAUAGAGGUGUUAUUGUUGUCGGGGAUGAAACAAAACCAAUUUGUACAGAUGAGUUCAGUGAUAUCUCUCCACUUACCGGUGGCAAUGUAGCCUUCAGUACUUUGGAAGGCAGACCCAGUGCCUAUGAUUUUGACAAUAGUUUAGUUCUACAGGAAUGGGUAACAGCUACUGAUAUUUUAGUGACACUGAACAGACUGAAUACAUUUGGAGAUGAAGUAUUCCGAGAUCCCAAUGUGUUGAGAUCAUAUUACUACGCUAUCUCAGAUUUUGCAGUUGGUGGAAGAUGUAAAUGUAAUGGACAUGCAAGUGAAUGUGUUAGAAGUACAGGUGAUAAUGGUGAUUUUAAAGUGGUAUGUCGAUGUGAACAUAACACAGCUGGUCCCGACUGUAACGAAUGUCUGCCAUUCUAUAACGAUGUACCAUGGAAGGUAGCUACGGCAACCAAUGCACAUGAAUGUCAGGCCUGUGACUGUAAUGGACUUUCUAAUAGAUGUUACUUUAAUGAAGAUUUAUUUGAAAGAACCGGACACGGUGGUUACUGUGUGGAGUGCAGGUUGAAUACUGCUGGUCCUAACUGUGAAAGAUGCAGAGACGAUUAUUAUAGAACAUCGCCCACUGAUUUCUGCCAGCCAUGUCAUUGUAAUGCUACCGGAUCGGUGACAACUCAGUGUGAUGAAACAGGUCGCUGUAUAUGUAAACCAGGGGUAACCGGUGAGAAAUGUGUGCAUUGUAUGCCAGAUUUCUAUGACUUUUCUGUCACUGGCUGCAGGCCAUGUGCAUGUACAAUUGGUGGAAGUUUAAAUAAUGAUCCAAGAUGCAGGCCUGAUACUGGUAUUUGUACUUGUAAAGUAAAUGUGGAAGGUCUUAACUGUGACAAAUGUAAACCAGGUUACUUCAAUCUACGAGAGGAUAAUGAAUUUGGAUGUAGUGCAUGUUUUUGUUAUGGACAUGCUUCAGUCUGUACCUCAGCCUCUGGAUUCACACCGAAUUUCUUAGAGUAUACAUUUGAUUCAGGAGCUGAAGGCUGGACUGUAGAGGACAGCAGAGGAGAUGACCAAGCGUUAUCAUGGAUUGACCUCACUAAAUCUAUUCGUGCCCAAGCUCCCGAUUUAUAUCCAUAUUACUUUAUUGCACCUGAUGAAAUGUUGGGUAAUCAAAGAUUCAGUUAUGGUCAAGAAUUGUCUUUUACAUUUCGUGUUGAUAAUGAUGAUGAUGAAAUCCAUCUAUAUGAAGAUCUUAUAAUCCAGGGUGCUGGUUAUUCCGUCACUCUGCCGUUGACUGCGCAAGGAAAUCCACAACCGUCUACAGUAAUACAAGAAUACAAGUAUAGAUUGCACCAGGAUCCGUCCUAUGGUUGGCGCCCCACAUUAUCAGCUUUUGAAAUGCAACGGAUGCUCACUGAACUAACUGCUAUUAAAAUAAGAGCUACAUACCAGGAUAGAGGUGUGGGAUUUCUUGAUAAUGUUAAACUGGCGACAGCAGGCAGCUCGUCAGGCUUCGAUGAAGUUGAUUGGGUAGAGUUAUGUCAGUGUCCUGACGGGUAUGUUGGACAAUUCUGUGAGGACUGUGCCGCUGGAUAUCGAAGAGAAAAUCCCAACUCAGGGGCCUUUAGUAGAUGUAUACCAUGCGAGUGUAAUGGACAUUCUUCUGCUUGUGAUGUUUUAACUGGUGCAUGUCUAUGUGAACACAACACUCAGGGUGAUAACUGUGAACAGUGUAAAUCUGGUUACUACGGCAAUGCCAGACAAGGGACAGAAGAUGAUUGCACUAAAUGCCCUUGCCCCAAUAAUGGGGAGUGUUUACAGAUACCGGAUGGUGAAGUGGUUUGUACAAACUGUGAUAGUGGAUAUACAGGUACCCGUUGUGAGAUGUGUGCUGAUGGUUACUAUGGUGAUCCACUCGGUGACUUUGGUUCUCCACAACCUUGUCGAGAAUGUCUCUGUAAUGGUAACAUUGAUUCUAAUGCUGUCGCUAACUGUGAUGGUUUAACAGGUGAAUGCUUGAAGUGUAUCUAUAAUACUGCUGGAUAUUAUUGUCAAGACUGUUUACCCGGUUACUAUGGUGAUGCUAUAUCUGAACCAAAGGGACAGUGCAAACCUUGUGAUUGUUAUUUGCCGGGUUCCAGAGGAGCAGCGUGUCACCCAGUAGAUGGACAAUGUGAUUGUCAACCCUAUGUGAGAGGCCGCAACUGUAGCGAGUGUCGACCGGGUUACUGGAAUAUCGAUAGCGGUACCGGAUGUAUCGAAUGUAAUUGUAAUUAUAUGGGUUCAUUGAAUGGUGAAUGUGAAAUAUCCACUGGUAACUGUAUUUGUCAGCCUGGUGUUACCGGUGAAAAGUGUGAUCGCUGUCUACCGCAUUAUUAUGGAUUCUCGCAAGAUGGCUGCUCUGCAUGUAACUGCGAUCCCCAAGGAUCAUUAAGCCUACAGUGUGAUGAUUUUGGACAGUGUCUUUGUAAAGAUGGUGUCAUUGGUGAGAAAUGUGACAUGUGUUCAGAAAAUAGAUACAAUUUGGCAUUAGGAUGCAUUGCCUGCCCAGCUUGUUAUGAUCUAGUGCAGGAUAAAGUAGACGAACAUAGAAAGAAACUCAACGAACUCAGAGACUUGAUUGACAACAUUGGAUCCAAUCCAGAAGCCAUUAACGAUGAAGAUUUUGAAAAACGUUUGAAAGAAGUUAACGAUACUAUCAAUCAAUUAUUGAAAGAAGCCAAGAUGGCUGCAGGUAAUGAUACAACUCUCUUAGAGCACUUAGAUGACAUCAAAGACAGCAUUGAUGGAUUACAGGACCAAUUACAGAAGAUUGGGAGCAAUGUUGACAUGGCACAGGAAUCUACGGACAGUGCUAAAGACGAUAUCGGCAAUGCUGAGGAUGCGAUUAAAAGAGCACAAGACACAUUAGCUGAAGCUGAAAGAUACCUCAAUGAGAAAGGACAGGAAGCUUUAGACAAAGCUGCCGAUGCUGCCAAAGAUCUUGGAUCACAGUCAGAAAAAAUGACUAAACUGGCUAAAAAAGCUAAAGAGGCUGCUGAGCAACAAACUGAAGAAGCUAUGGAGAUUGAUGGAACGGCCAAUGAAGCACUUGACACAUCUAAAGAAGCGUUGAAAUUGGCGCAGGAUGCCUUGGACAAACAGGAUGACAUCUCAGAUAAAAUAGACAUGUUGAAAGACAAGUAUGAUGAUAUCGAAGCAUUAGCUCAAGAAGCAAUGGCUGUUGCCAUGGAAGCACAGGAAAGAGCCAAUGAACUGCUGAAGGAAGCUACAACAAUCCUUGCUGAUGCUAACUCCCCACUCCCAACUAUUGAUGUUGGACCACUGAAAGGAAAUGCAUCAGAUAUCAUCAGAGGGGCCAAUAGGAUAAAAGCGGAAGCAGAUCAGUUGAUAGCCGAUAAUAGAGACCUAUUAAAAGAAGUGGAAAUGGAAUCCCAAGAAGCCAAAGAUUUGUUACAAGAUGGACUAGCUGCACAACAGGAAGCUGACUUGCUAUUGGCUAGAGUGGAUGCAGCAGAAGCCAUUGCCCAGGCUGCUAUCAACCAAGGUGAUAAGACUGUGAAGGAAGCCAGAGAUAUGCUUGACACACUCAGAGGGUUCAAUGACCUUGUUGAGGAGAGUAAGGGAGCCGCUGAAGACGCUCUAGAUAGAAUUCCUGAAAUAGAGAGAUUGAUCAGAGAAGCUAACGACACCGCCAAUGAAGCCAAUGAUGCCAUAGAGGGUGCUGAAGCUGAUGCAAUUCAAGCAAGAGAUAUUGCUAAUGAGGCUGAGACCACUGCUGUUGAAGCAUCUGAGGGAGCUGGGCAAGUGAAGGAAGAUGCAGAAGAAACUUUGGAUGAUGCAACUGGUUUAAGUGACGAAGCAAUGCAACUGAUGAUGGAUGUUGAUGACACUGAACAAGAAUUAGACGAGUUAGAUAAACAAGCAGAUAACGAUGCUGCCUUAGCUCAAGAGGCACUUAUGAAAGCCAAUGAAGCCCGCAGAAAUGCGCAAGAAGCAUCAGACACAGUACAGUCUGCAUUAAGUGAUGUGAACGACCUAUUGAAUGAACUUGCUCAUUUGGAACCGAUUGAUCUCGAGAGACUAAAUGAGUUAGAGGGUCAACUGGCAGACACCAAUGACACGUUACAGGAUGCAGAUUUGGAUAAUAAACUCGAAGAUUUAAAAGCAGCCCGGGAUCAACAGAAGCAGUGGAUAAUGGAUUACGAAGAUGCAUUGGUAGAUCUCAGAGCAGCCGUCCAGAAUAUCCGAGAUAUCAACGAUUCUCUUCCGGACCAAUGCUACAGAGAAGAAACGCUAGAAAAUCCACCCUAAUUCGAAUCAGUUUCAGUUCAUUUACUUAUUUGUAUUUUGGGGUCAUAGUUCAUGGACUUUGAGGCCGAGACAAAACUGAGAUGGGAUACCUUUUAUUAUUUUUACGCAAGACUGUAUUUUGGCCUUUAUCCUUGUCUAAUACUUGCAAUAACUAUGAUUCCUUGAGAGUAUAGUAUUCUCUCC